AUGGCUCUGCGACUUGUAGAAUACGUUACGUCAGCCCGCGGUACCCAGCGGGUUAUCUUUGAAGGAUACUUGUUCAACAAGAAUGCAACAAGACAGACAGCACAACACUGGCGUUGUGUAAUUAAAUCUUGCUCCGGCAAGUGCACUACUGUUGGUGAUUUUGUUAGGAAUGUGUCAGAGCACAACCGGCCCUCAGAGAAUUCAAACCGAGUUCGUUUUGUCAGCAACAUGAGGAAGAGAGCAAGAGAGGAAACAACCCCGAUACAGCAGCUCUACAACCAACAGAUCGCUGAAGAAGAUGAUGACCAAGCCCAAGCCCUCCCUGCCUUCCCCAGCAUGAGCAGUGCCCUUUACCGACACAGAAGGAAGACCAUGCCCGUCCUGCCCUAA